UAUCUCCCUUGUCUGAAAAUUGUCCAAAAUUUGUCUAAUACAAUGUUUAAUGCAGGGUAAGUUGCCUUUCCUGUCCUGAAUAAUCAUCAGGUACAUGGCAUUUUAAUCUUAUGGUAAUUAUCAUUCCUGUCAUCAAUCAUUUAUUGGUAACAGCCUGAACUUUCUGCUAAGUUUCAUACCCUCAGGCCCAGCCUUCAGAAACACUGUAAGCCUCUUAGUUAGUUCUGUAAAUAUUAGGCCUUUAUCAAACUCUCAUGUCUUUUAAAUAGAUUUGGUUUUGAGACAUCCCCAAGUCUAUAGCAAUAUGUAUGAUUUUGAGAUGUCGUCCGUAUCGUGAUUUGUUUGUUAAUGUUUAGAUCGACAUGUAUAGAUCAGGAUUUUGAGAACUCCCUGUCAUUAUGUUAUUGUUUAAUUAAGGUUUUGAGAUGCCCCUUACACGUUGUACAUCUGUAGUCUGCCAUGUUUUGUAACUGCCUCAGUGUUGUUACCAUGGUGAUCCCAAUGGCCACAGCUUGAAUGUUGUACAUGUUCAGAAAUUGUACUAAAAUGUUGCCUUCUUUUCUGAAGUCUUUGCCUGGAUUGGAUUGAGCACAAUCUGUCACUGAUGUUGUACAUUUUCUAACUCUUGUGGUAUGCCUGGAAUACUGUAUAUGUCCUUCUAGGAUAGCCUGCCUUAAUGCAUCCUCAAUACUCCAAGGGUUGUGCUCACUUUCGCUCACCCCACCUUUUCUUUUACAGUUAACUAUCAAAGAAUAAUUCUAUUACCAUUGGUGAAGCAAUGGGUUAAAUUUCCGUUCAAAUUUUAAUCACUUGAUGAAAAUAAAAUAAGUUCAUUCCUAGUAUCCUUUGUUUAUUUUUAGUCAUCCCACUGAAAAUACUGCAAACUCACUGUUUUAGUGGUGUUCAAAUUUGGCUGUAUGAUCAUUUUAAUCCUUUUAGACCAUCUUUGAUGCAUUAUAUAUAUACAGUGCUAAAAAUAGCAGAACAUGCUCUCGGACGUAUGUUUGCUCAUAGAAAAUGGCAAGCACUGUUGUAGAAUUUCACAACCCUAUUUUGAUUGGAUGUGUUAUCAAAUUUUAAAACAUGAGUUGGUAAUAAGAGUUUUUGCAAUACAUAUCCUAAUACUGGUAGAAUUUCAGUACUUAUUCUUCUUGUAAGGACAUAUACAGUAUGUCCACGUAAUAUGCAAACAAUUGUCUUGGCAACAUCCUAGUGCUUAUUAUAAUGACUGGUUAUGACUUAAUUUCAGUUAAGAAACAUGUGACAUUUCAAAGUUCAAAAACAAUUUGUUGGUCCCUUUGACCCAUUGUCUAUUUAAAAAUCCUUUAACAUUUUGGAAAAUUUUGGUCUAGAUUUAACAGAAAAAUUGUAUACAAAUGGCAGUAAUUCUGCAGGUGUUCUUGGUGAAAUAUAAAAAUAAUGUUAAGUUGAUCAUAAUCUUAUCCGAGAAAAAAAAUCUGUGACAUUUAAAAAAAUAUUGGUCCAGCUUUGACAGAGAAAUUGUAAUUUUUUCUGUAUUGCUGCAGGAGUUCUUUGAAAAUAUGAUAAAAAAUAAUGUAAAAAUAAUACCAAUCUCACCUGAGAAAAAGAUUGGGAAGGUGUACCGACCAAUCUCACAUGAGAAAAAGAUUGGAAAGGUGUGCCGACCAAUCUCACCUGAGAAAAAAUUGGGAAGGUGUGCCGACCAAUCUCCCCUGAGAAAAAGAUUGGGAAGGUGUGCCGACCAAUCGCACCUGAGAAAAAGAUUGGGAUGGGGUGCCGACCAAUCUCACCUGAGAAAAAGAUUGGGAAGGUGUGCCGACCAAUCUCACCUGAGAAAAAGAUUGGGAAGGUGUGCCGACCAAUCUCACCUGAGAAAAAGAUUGGGAAGGUGUGCCGACCAAUCUCACCUGAGAAAAAGAUUGGGAAGGUGUGCCGACCAAUCUCACCUGAGAAAAAGAUUGGGAAGGUGUGCCGACCAAUCUCACCUGAGAAAAAGAUUGGGAAGGUGUGCCGACCAAUCUCACCUGAGAAAAAGAUUGGGAAGGUGUGCCGACCAAUCUCACCUGAGAAAAAGAUUGGGAAGGUGUGCCGACCAAUCUCACCUGAGAAAAAGAUUGGGAAGGUGUGCCGACCAAUCUCACCUGAGAAAAAGAUUGGGAAGGUGUGCCGACCAAUCUCACCUGAGAAAAAGAUUGGGAAGGUGUGCCGACCAAUCUCACCUGAGAAAAAGAUUGGGAAGGUGUGCCGACCAAUCUCACCUGAGAAAAAGAUUGGGAAGGUGUGCCGACCAAUCUCACCUGAGAAAAAGAUUGGGAAGGUGUGCCGACCAAUCUCACCUGAGAAAAAGAUUGGGAAGGUGUGUCGACCAAUCUCACCUGAGAAAAAGAUUGGGAAGGUGUGCCGACCAAUCUCACCUGAGAAAAAGAUUGGGAAGGUGUGUCGACCAAUCUCACCUGAGAAAAAGCUCGCUAUGGUAGGAUUCUGGCAUGUUGUCCUCACAGUCUUCACUCUGUUUUAGGUCGAAGAUGUAACAAUAUAUGUUUGUUUAAAUCUUCUUUCACAGUCAGCUGGCUAUGCAGAUACUAGCUGUAUUCCUGUCUAUAAAGAUCUGAGCAAUUUUCUGUAAAAAGUCCAAAAAAGUGUGGUGCUUUGUUAUAAUACCUAGAACAGAUUCUGUAAUUGAAUUUUCAUUCAUGAUUGUGUAUUCUGCAAUAAUUCCUCAAUCUUAUUUCAAUUUUAUAGAGGCACAGCAAUAGCUGUAUGUUUGUUCCUUGUUUAAAUUGUGCAAAAAUAAAAGAUAAUAAUAGAUUCAAAAUAUUUGAAUGUAUUUGAAUAAGUUCUUGGUUUUAUCCCAAAAUUGUUUUCCCUCAAAGAAAAGUUUUUUUGAUACAGAUCUGUGAAAUGAAGCGAAUAGAUUAAAAGUAUAAUUUCCAGAUUUCAUAUUGAUUUUUUUUUCCAAUUAACCCUUUCACCCCGAGGUAACUUAAGUACCAUAGCUUUAUUUGGAUGAGUCCAUUGUGGUCCAGAGUGGUGAAAGGGUUAGUAAGAUGUUUUCCAUAAUGAACCAGGAUAUUUUUCCAAAUAAAAGUUACUGGAACCUUUCUUAACAGGAAGGAAAUACCUUCAGCAGAGAUUGCUCAGACCUAUCUGACAGGUUGUAACUGAGAGAAUGGUUUCUGGGUCAUUAACACUAUAGAGAGAUUGCUGUAUGUCAUAUAUAUAUUUGU